GAGAGAGAGGAAAAAUGGGCACUUGCAUGGCAUUAUAGACUUUGAAUUUUUUUUUGGUUUUUUGGUUUUUUGGUUUUUUUAUGGAUGGUUUAUUAUAUGUAUACACGCCUCUUUUUGUUUUCAUCUUACGCCUCGCGAAUUGGAAAGAAGGGGGGGAAAGGGAGAGAGAAGGGGGAACAGAGACAUACGAAAGCAUUUUUCGGGCCGGGACCGUAAUAAUGAAGGCAAAGCUGUGGGUAUAUGAAGGAUAGGGUGCGGGCAAUAGGAGUUUUGUCUAGAAAGUCUGUUUUUUUUGUUUUCCAGGGAGUUUUUUUUUUCCUUUGGAGGGCAGGUGUUUCUGGGGCAUUGGAAGGGAGGGAAGGGAGGGGAAGGGAAAGGAAGGAAGGGGCGGCGGCGGCGUCAUCAAUACCCACCUCGUUUGCGCGCUUGCUCGCGCACGCUUUUUGCUUUCUGAGUUAUGAGGGGGUGGGUUGGUUUGGCUUUGCUUUUUUUUCGUUGUUACUAGAUGGAUGGCUGGACUGGGCUGGACUGGGGGAUUGGGGGAAGAAGAAGAAGGGAUGUAGGUUGGCUGCUUCCUUCCUUUCUUCCUUCCCCCAAACACCCCCUUCUCCCCCGUUUUAUGCGAAGAUCAUGAUGUUCAUUUUUUGGCAUUUAGCGUGGGUUCUGUUUUUUUUUAUACUUUGGUGUGUGUCUUGUUCACAUACACACACUUUUUUCGUUUCUUUUCUACUAUUAUCAUAUCCUUUUUUUCUCUCUUCCAAUCAUGCAUCUUCUCUUACUUUGCUCUGUUUAGCCAUGGUUUCCCUUGUCGUUGUUUUUUUUCUCUUCUUUUUGUUUCUUUCCCCCAUUCAUCGCGACUUACACGAUUGCAUCUGGUUUUCCCCCCCCCCCUCCCCUCCUUUCCCUUUCUACUAUGGGAAGUGUUCGUUUCUGCGGCAUAGGCAUUUUUCUUGGGAAGUGGGGUUUAGAACAUUUGCCAUAGCGUAGUUUUUAUGGAUCAUGGGUGGGUUUACAACGUCUCACGUUUUGGUUUGCGUUUCUGUUUCAUGGGCAUUUUUAUGUAACUAGACUUUUUUUUGUUUUUCCGUUCUUACAUAUAUAUAUACACAUGCUGCAAAAUGUUAUAUAACUAUUAUGUUUCUUUGCAAC